UCUCCUUGUCCCCCUUGUCCCAGUUCAGGUUCUUGACCCGGUACUUCGGCUGGAUUUUUAGUAAUUUGCCCAGAGUCGAUUUGCGUUGACAGAAGUUACUCACUGACUUGCUUCGGCUUGACCAUGCACGCAAGCCCAUUACGAUUUUGUGAGCGCCAUGUCCAUCACCUGCGCCCGGGAGAAGCUGCUGCAGUUUAUGAACAGUUGGCAUCCUUCCUCUUUCUUUCACCCCCCCCCGCGUGUACGUCAGGUAGGAGGUGCGCAAGGCCGGCGGCAUCUUCUACUGCUUAUGCUUACCCGCCCACCUUUCCUCGUCGGUAUGUGGGGUCCCGCGCGCUUAAGGCAAAAUUCCCCCGCAUACCGGUCGUGCUUAUGCCCUCUCUCGACCUCCACGCCGAUGCGCGCCAAUUGAGAGUCAGCCGUCGAUCUUGUCGUUCUUCUCGUUCCUCCUCCUCGUCUUCCCAAUCGUCCUUGCCUUCGUCCCAUCUGCCAUCACCGUCGUCGUCAUCGUCGUCGUGGCCGUCAUCGCUGUCGCCCGUCUCGUCAUCUGUCCCCCUCGGUUGGAAGAAAGAUGGGUCUUGCGCUUCUCCGCUUCCGAGGACGUCUAUCUCGGCAGUUGCGGCUGCUCAGUCGGAAGUAAUAAGGCACAGUGCGCAGGUAUGUAGCCCCUCUUCGUCAAGGGGUUCUCAGUCGACUUCGACAAGGGCGUCUUUCCGCUCCUUCUCCUUCUUCUCCUCCUGUUCCUCCUGCUAUUGCUGCUGCUGCAUGUCCCCCCUCUCCUCAGCCGAAGGAGAGGGGGAGGAAGCAGGGGCUCCUCUUCGCCGGGACUGCGCUACGACUGCUAGCAACCACAUCUCUGGUCCCCUGCUCUUUCCGUCAUCAUCCUCGCCCUCACCUCUCCGUAGCCGGGAUCUCUUCUCCAGCCGCGGCGGGAAUCCGUUCAAAGCUCUGCGUUUGCGGCGGGGGGAGCGCGGACGCGGAGCUUUAUCCCGCGCGCGGACGGUGUGGGGAAGCAGAACACGUGUCGUUUCCGGAAUGGGUUGCCAAAUGAGCGUCUUGGGAUCGGGAUUCCUAUCGCAGUCGAUAAGAUCGGGGGGCGCCGUAGUUGCUGGGUUAACGUCGUGGGGAUCAAGAUCGGCGGCGGUGGACGCGGCCGCGGUGACGAUGAAUCCGCUCACAGUAGCGGCGGUCGUUCUGGCCGCGAUUUUGUGCGCGCGCCACGUGCGCAACUCCUGGCUGUUGAAGUGCGCGCCGCCGGAGCUGGUGAUUGCUCCGAACGAGCUGAACUUGAAGAUCGCGGAGAGGUGUCCGAUCCUAACCGGUCGGGACAGCUACCGACCCGUGCCCUUCCUGACGAACUGCCACGUGGAAACGAUCUUCGCCGCGCUGUUUAGGCUUCGACCGGACGUCAGGUUCCGCAGAGAGUGUUUGCGCGCCCCAUGUGGUGGUGUUGUAGCGCUUGAUUGGCCCGUGGGGGGCGAUGGCGGGGUACUGGCGGCAGUGAGAAGGAGGUGGCGAGGAGGAGGAGGAGGUGGAGGAGGGAGGGGGAGGUCCUCAUACUCGUCCUUGAUGGAAGAGAACGCCACGUGGCUGCGUCGGGAUCUUCCGCCCGACGCGCCCGUACUCAUCCUGUUACCCGGCUUGACUGGCGGGAGUGGCGACUCCUACGUGCGCCACUUGCUGGUGAGUGCAGCGCGAGAGGGAUACCGACCCAUGGUGUUCAACAGCAGGGGUUGUGCCGACAGCCCAGUGACCACCCCACAGUUCUAUUCCGCUUCCUUCACUGAUGAUCUACGGCUGGUAGUGCGCCACGUCAAUAAUCUGUAUCCAGAUGCUAAUCUGUAUGCGGUGGGCUGGUCGCUGGGGGCCAACAUUCUUAUUCGCUAUUUAGGUCAAGAGGGCUCCAACACCCCCUUGAAAGGCGCAGUCUCUCUGGCCAAUCCAUUCGACUUAGUGGAGGCGGACAUCGACUUCGGUAAGGGGUUUAAUCGAGUCUACAGCAAUCGUUUGGCGAAUGUUCUUGGCAAGAUCUUUCGUAAGCAUGAGGCUCUGUUCGAGGGCAUUGGCGGGGAAUUCGAUUUAGUGAAGGCGAGAGCGGCAAGGACGGUUCGAGAAUUCGAUGAAGGAUUAACGAGAGUGUCAUUUGGGUACCGAACGGUGGAGGAUUACUACUUCGAUGCGAGCAGCUGCCGAUCUGUACCGUACGUCCGGAUCCCGCUUCUGUGUGUGCAGGCGCAGGAUGACCCGAUUGCGCCGGCAAGAGGAAUACCUAGAAAAGCACUGAGCGCCAAUCCAAACUGUAUUCUCGUUGUGACACCUGGCGGAGGGCAUCUGGGAUGGUGUUCGGGGAAGGAUUCGUUGUUGGGGGCGCCGUGGAGCGACCCGUUGGUAAUCGAGUACCUGCGCGCUGUGGAGGCAAUCAACAGAGAGAACCCCCCCUCCACCUCCUUCUCCUCCUCUGCCUCCUCCUGCUCCUCGUCUCCGUCUCCUUCCGUCACGUCUUCGUUGAAAUCGGCCUCCUCCAAGACGGGCAUGGCGGCCUCAUCUCGCGCCUUGGUGGGUGUGACAUGGCAAGCCGAGAAUGCGCCAAGUAACGCGCUCUCGUUGGACGAGGCCGAAAGGAAAAAGAGCGGCUGCGACAAGUCCCACGAGAUGUACGGUAAUGGGUUCUCAGCCGUGGCCAAUGGCGGGUUUGCGCAGCCGAACCCGGCUUCGUCUCUACCGCCGCCGCGCGAUUGUUGAUCAGAAGUUCGGGAAAAAAAAAAAGGAAGGAAGAAGAGGAGGAAGAGGAAGAAGAUUGGCGCCGUCGACGUAUAACACCGGGCGCAGCAGCUCGCAUUGGUCAGCGGUUCGAGCCUCUAUCUUCAGAUUGUCCACUCUCCCGUGUUUCCCUUCCUUCCUCGCUCCGUCCCUCCUUCCCCGGUUCGCGAGCAAGCCCUUUUCCUCUUCCCGCCCUUUUCUUUAAGUGUCUCUCUGGCGGCGGGAUUUUUUAAUUUUUUUCUUUGCUUUCCUGUUCCGUGCAGAGGUAUGCUUCUGUUCGUCCGCCUUUCAUCGAUCUAAGGGCCUCGCUCCACCACUCACCACAUGCACAAGAGACGAAAAUUACGACGGCGUAUUGUUCCAUGUCCUAGCGGACGAUUCAUUCUCAUUUUCCACAUUUUGUAAGUGGUGGAGCGAAGCCCUAUAUUUAGAUCGCCACUUUUAUCCAACCCCACGGCCUCGUCCAACCCCACUACUUCAUCAUCCGCUUAUUGUUAUCAAAUUGCAUACUAACCGACAAAUUUAGGCAAAAUACGCAGAAAACCUCCACGUCAGCAUCCUCAUGCUUCUUGUCGUUACCGUAGGAGAUGAGUAUGUUUCACUUUAUUGUUUUAUGAUAUAUUUAUUCAUGUUGAUUACUUGUCAACGUGUCAUGCCUGAUUUGCUCAUGUUCCGUAGAAAUGCAUUUGCAAUCAAGAGAAAUAAAUAGAUUACAGUAUAUAUAUACAUAUAAACAUACGUAUAUAAACAUGUGUAUGAUAUUACUACCAGGCAGUUCUGUUUGUCGAUAUAUAUCGUCAAACAGAGCUGCCCGGUAAACCGUAGGCACAGAGGGAGGGAGAAGAGGACAACAAACGAGGUGCUGUGAGAAAUUCUUUCGUCGGAGUUUCACCGACUCAUCAGGAGGCUGAACCCUAAUAUAUAAUAUUAAUUAUGUAUAUGUAUGUAUGUAUAUUGUCAAACAGAACUGCCCGGCAAGCCGUAGGCAGCGAGGGCGAAGAGGACAACAUACGAGGGGCUGUGACUAACGGUUUCGCCGGGGUUUCACCGACUCAUCAGGAGGUAAUAGGAGCUCUCUUGACCUUUUGGUUGCGAAAACUGCGUUCAUUCGAUGUACACGUGUAUCACUGCGGUAGAGGCUUUUUUUUGGGGGGCGUUGAGGCUCAUAUUGUAUAUUGGACGACGAUGACGGGAGCUGGAUCACGGUCUUGCACUCGACUCUUUGCUUUCUUCAAACUCCUGCCUUUCUUCUUCUUCUUCUUCGUGGUCUUCGUUGUUGUGGUCGUCGUCGUGGUGUUAUUGUGCACACAGUAGUAUAUGAGUUGUUUUUUCUUCCUCCCUGCUGUACCAUUUCUCGAUUAGUGUGUUGCUGUGCACACUGUCGAAUGGCCUGUUUUUCUUUUUUUCCCUCCCUCUGGAUUAGUGUGUGCCAUCUUUGAACGCGCGGGGCCCAUGGUAAUCAUCAGACUAUGUACGGAUCAUUCUGAUUGAACUCGACAGAUAUGUCUCGAAGCAUUUUGUUUCGUCUCUCCUGUUGUCUUGUUCACGUCUUGUGCCCUUCAAGU